GCUCAGUACACGUCACACGUGGUAGGAAGUGUUUCAUAACCUACUGUUCAAAGAAGCUCAACAGUAUCGUAUUAAAAUGUGAAAGUUUCUGUACGAAAUUCGAUUCGGUCGACUAGCAUUCUCCGUGAUUCCUUCACAGUUGUUAGUUACAUUAAUCGUACAUUUAUGGUAUUCUAACAGUGAAGAAUGGCGGUAGUAAAUAAAUUUCAAAAGUUAUCAAGAUCGAUUCUCGGUAUCGCUUCGAGUUAUUCAAAAUAUAAAAACGAUACCUUGUUGCCUCUUUUAUUAGCAACCAGAGGAACAUCGACUACGCCACCGCGUUCGGAGAAAGAAGAAGUGAAUAUAACAUUUGUUAAAUCAAGUGGAGAGAGAAUCAAAACAAAAGGCAAAGUGGGCGAUACUAUUUUGGAUAUUGUAGUAAAUAAUGAAAUAGAUCUAGAUGGCUUUGGUGCCUGUGAAGGUACAUUGACCUGUAGCACGUGCCAUGUAAUAUUUUCAAAAGAAGUGUAUGAGAAGCUUCCUGGUAAACCGACAGAUGAAGAAUUAGAUAUGCUUGACCUGGCAUAUGAGGUAACUGACACGUCACGUCUAGGCUGCCAAAUAGUAAUGACUAAAGAACUAGAUGGAAUUGAAGUAAAAGUACCAUCGACGCUUAACGACCAAAGAGCGUGACGAUAUUUUAUCAUAGCUCUAUAAAAAUUUAUAUAAUUAUUCUGAUGUCAGCCACUGAAAUUUAAAAAUUAAAUAUACAAAAUAAAUAAAUUUAUUCUUUAAUAUAAAGCUGCUGUACAUAUUGUAGCAUAUCUGCAAUAUUUUGUAUGUAAUAGUAAGAGCAUGCAAAGUUAAAGAUUUGUUACUCGUACGUUGCCACUGUAUAAAACUAGUAUAAAUACAGAGAGACUAGAGUCUUUGUUUUUAGUACAUCUUAAAAUUAAAAUCAAAAUAUAAGUCAUAUGUUUAUCAUACAUAAUUUACUUAUGCGGUAAAAUUUUUGUAUAGUUAUUUGCAUUCUGAAUUUCCAGCAUUGUAAAUAA